GGAAGUCCGUUUCCUCGUCUGUGUUCGUGAACACGAUGUUUCGUCGUAUUGUUUAACUGAUGUGUUUUUUAUUUUGGUGUUGCGUAGUCGAGCUUUAAUCACAAAUGGAUUCCAAUGUGUCUGAAGAGAAGUCUACCCGAGUUUUGAGACGAUCAACACGACAGUUGACGGGUAAAGCAUUGAGUGUUGAACCAACCCCAAGGGGUCCUCUACAAAGGACUAAAAGGAGGUUAGAAAAACAAGUACAUGUCAACGGUUCUAGAAAUGUGGACAAUGGCUCAGAUGAUAAAGAGUCCAACAGCAAAAAGAGCCGACAGGAGACUGGAGGAGGAGGAGAUGGGGAUGGGGAUUUGGAUGAUGGAGAAAUGGAUGUCCAGGAAUCAGAUGAUGAUCUGGAGAAAAACGAUCAGCUGGAAAUGGAUGUUGAACACCAUCAACCAAAAAUAUACCAAGCAGGCGCCCUUGGAGAUGUGAAUUUUCACCCCUGUGUAGUGCUUGGUGAGCGCUGCCCACCUCCACGUACUGAAAAUGAAUUUUCAGACCGGAUGAAAACGUUGAACUGUCCACCCUAUCGUGAGCAAAGGGAGCUUAAAGACCAGAUAAAAAUGUCUGGUCAUGAAAAGACAGGCAAACAGACAAUAAAGCCUCAAAACAAAUAUGAUGUGUCGAUCCCGAAAAUCACCAGCAUGGACGAGUACAAAAGGAAGAUGGAGGCCAAAGCCAAUGAUACACGCUUUAAUUGCUACAAAAAAAGCUCAAGCUCACCACAGCCCAAGCUCUCAAACUCAUAUCCAGCCUCGGAGAAAUCCCGCUUGACGCAACGUGUGAACAACAUUCCAACACAAGAAAAAAUGACUCAUCAGAAAAAUCAAGAAGGGAAAAAGAAAACUGCUGCUAUCAAAAAAAGCUCUGGACAUUCCUUUUUAGGAUUCAUGCAGACUCUAUGCUAUUUUCUUUUCCUGGUGCUGGUCGGUACUGCCCUGCUCGGUGCUGUUGUGCUCAUCAUGCCCAAGAUCAGCACUGUGCUCCAAAGGACUGGAGAUGGUGAAGGGCAUCCAUUGAGGUCUGUGAAGCCAGAAACAUUUGAAGAUCAGCUGUCUCAUCUGGAGACUCAGUUCCUCAGUCAGAGGCUUGAGCUGUGGAAGAGGAGUAGGAUCCACCUGGGGAAGCACCUCAGCACAGCCCAGCCCACAGAGCCAGUCAGUAUGAUCUUAACUGCUGGCCGCAAGGCUGAGAAGACCCUGCAGUGUCUGGCUCAGGGCCUGGCGUCCGCCUUCUCCUCUGCUCUCAAUGCCUCUGUCCUCCACAUCGAUGGAGCCAGCAAAGCCAGCCAGGACAGCGACGAGGUCAAGCUGGACAUUGACAAACAGCUACAGGCAGCCUUUGAAGGAGACAAACCUGUUGCCAUCAUUCAUCGCCUGGAGGAGCUGCCACCAGGCUGUACCCUCAUUUUUUACCGCUAUUGCGACCACGAGAAUGCUGCAUACAAGCGAGUGUUCCUGUUGUUUACUGUACUUCUGCCUGAGGAUGAGGUCAGAGGUGAUCAGAGUUUGAAGAGUGUAGAGGAGAUGGUGCAAGACUAUGUCAAGGGUAGGCUAGUGGGCUCCAGCGACCAAACUGGCUUCAAUGCCAUGGACAUUGACAAGUUCGGUGGACUGUGGAGCCGCAUCUCGCAUCUUAUCUUGCCUGUGGUGUCUGAGACGGAAAUGGAGCAGAAAGGAUGCUCAUGAACCAAGCCGGCAUCCCCAAAGAAGUCAGGAUCCCAUUCUGGACCAGCCUGAUCCUUUUUGGCACUGUGCAGUAGCUCUGAAACAAAAGUACGUGAAGUAACAUGGACCUAAAACGUGUGUGCUGUAAUAAUUCACAUACACACUUGAGUUAAAGUAUUUGAAGGUUGUAUGAAUCUUUUUGUCAGAGAUCAGAUUGUACUCAAACUGCAGCCCAACUGCACUGUGUAUUUUUUGUACUCAUGAUUUCACAUCAGAAAAAUGAGAUUAGCUGAAUCUAAAUCUGUAGGUAAAUUGAAGAAAUGUUCUCUCCUUAAAAGAUGUACAGCACUCAGUUUUUGCAUAUAAGUAUUUUUACAUGUAUUUCUCUUUGCAUAAGGAUGUAACCGUGGUGUUGCACCAUAAUUCCAACUCCAAAUUGGUGAAAGGGUAAUUAAUGCAUAUUUUCAUGCAGACUUAGUACAGAAUAUAUUCAAAAUAUAGUGUGAUUAAUCUGUCUUCUCCUACUCAAAAAGGAUUUAGGAGUUUUUCAUGGACCAUGAAUGAGCAUGAAUUACACCCUGCCCUUCAAAAAAUAUAACAAAGUUCUUUUUUUUCAGAGUUGUUUGUUUUGGUUGAAAAGUUAGAUUUCUCGUUAUAUCUCCGACGUGACUGCUGACAUAUUUUAUAUCUGUUAUUUCUGUUAAAAUGUCCCCAUGAAUAUGUUUGUCAUUUCACUUAUUUCUCUUACGAAUACAGCUGAAUUGGUUUUGCACUAUAAAUGAUCUUUAAUUAACCAUCUUAUUAAGAGUGGCUUUUAUUGAAAAUCUAUAUUUUAUUAUUCUUUGUUCUGAAUUUGUAUAUUUGUGAUAGGUUGUCUUUACUUCCUAGAGUGGAAUAUUUUUGGGUAUCUGUAUACAUUGGAUAUAAAAUAAGUUUGUUGUUUGCACCUGUUGUCAAGACACCGCUCAAAUUUUCUUAAAUGUGUUGUCAACUUACAGUUAAAUUCAGUUUCUUACUAUAUGAUUUGAAUUUUGUAAGAACUACUUUGACUAGUAGUCAGCAAGUCACGAAAUGUGCCUUACAUUAUAUAUUAGACAAUAUUUGAAAUGUACCAAAACAUGAAUCAAUCAUUUGAUACUGUAUCUUGAUUACAUCACAACAAGGUUUUUCUGAUUUGUGCUUAUUUAAAUUUUGCUUAUAAAGUUUUCUUUCUUGUGAUAAAGCUCAUUCCUCGUCUGUUAUCAUUCUGGGAUGAAUUGUGUUCUUGCUCUUAUGAAUCCCUGGAUAUUUUCAAUAAAGAUUAUUUUGAUACGUA